UUAGCAGGGCCGGAGACCCUGCACCGAGAAAGCCGCUUCCCAGCGACCGAAGGACGCGGAUCCCGGCGGGGACGAAAAGAAUCCGGGUCGGACCCGAUCCGAGCGACUGACUUGCUCAUGGCGGCCCUAGGCCCCGGCAGCCAGAAUGUCACGGAGUAUGUCGUGCGAGUUCCCAAGAACACAACCAAAAAGUAUAACAUAAUGGCUUUUAAUGCAGCGGAUAAAGUCAACUUUGCUACUUGGAAUCAGGCUCGGCUGGAGCGGGACUUGAGCAACAAGAAAAUCUACCAAGAGGAGGAGCUGCCCGAAUCCGGCGCAGGCAGCGAGUACAACCGCAAACUUCGAGAGGAGGCGCGGAGGAAGAAGUACGGUAUCGUCCUCAAGGAGUUCCGGCCCGAGGACCAGCCCUGGCUGCUCCGGGUCAAUGGCAAAUCGGGCCGGAAGUUCAAGGGCAUCAAGAAAGGCGGCGUGACCGAGAACACCUCCUACUACAUCUUCACCCAGUGCCCCGACGGGGCCUUCGAGGCCUUCCCCGUGCACAACUGGUACAACUUCACGCCGCUGGCCCGGCACCGCACGCUCACCGCUGAGGAGGCGGAGGAAGAGUGGGAGAGGAGGAACAAGGUGCUGAACCACUUCAGCAUCAUGCAGCAGCGGCGGCUCAAGGACCAGGACCAGGACGAGGACGAGGAGGAGAAGGAGAAGCGAGGCCGCAAGAAGGCCAGCGAGCUGCGCAUCCAUGACUUGGAGGAUGAUCUGGAGAUGUCGUCUGAUGACAGCGACGCCAGCGGCGAGGAGGGCAGCAGAGCCCCCAAGACCAAGAGGAAGGCGCCCCCGGCCAAGGCGGGCAGGAAGAAGAAGAAGAAGAAGGGCUCGGACGACGAGGCCUUCGAGGACAGUGAUGACGGGGACUUUGAGGGCCAGGAGGUGGACUACAUGUCGGAUGGCUCCAGCAGCUCCCAGGACGAGCUGGAGGGCAAGCCCAAGGUGCCGCUGCCCGAGGAGGGGCCCAGAGGUGUCGACGAGCAGAGUGACAGCAGCGAGCAGAGUGAGGAGGAGAAGCCGCCCGAGGAAGAGAAGGAGGAGGAGGAGGAGAAGAAGGCGCCCACCCCUCAGGAGAAGAAGCGCAGAAAAGACAGCAGUGACGAGUCAGACAGCUCCGAGGAGAGCGACAUAGACAGUGAGGCCUCUUCGGCCCUCUUCAUGGCGAAAAAGAAGACGCCCCCCAAGAGGGAGCGGAAGCUGUCGGGAGGCAGCUCGCGGGGCAACAGCCGCCCGGGCACGCCCAGCACAGAGGGCGGCAGCACCUCCUCCACCCUGAGGGCUGCCGCCAGCAAGCUCGAGCAGGGGAAGCGGACGAGCGAGACGCCGGCAGCCAAGCGCUUGCGGCUGGAGGCUGGGCCCCAGAGCCUGUCCGGGAAGUCCGCCCCACAGCCACCCUCGGGCAAGUCCACGCCCAGCAGUGGCAGCGACGUGCAGGUGACCGAGGACGCCGUGCGCCGCUACCUGACGCGAAAGCCUAUGACCACCAAGGACCUGCUGAAAAAGUUCCAGACCAAGAAGACGGGGCUGAGCAGCGAGCAGACUGUGAACGUGCUGGCCCAGAUCCUCAAGCGCCUCAACCCCGAGCGCAAGACGAUCAAUGACAAGAUGCACUUCUCCCUCCAGGAGUGAGGCUUCGUUCAAUAAACGGCUCUGUUCUCCAGGA